UAGAUAGUGAUCUCACUAGAAUUUUAAGCCACCGCCGCAGAGCACAACUGUCCGUGGAGCUCCCACUCAAAAAAGGCUUCCAGUUGGAGAAAGGGGAGGGUUAUUCCCAAAUAAACCAAACUACAGCUUCGGCGUCGCGGCUGUGAGGAGCUAAUAAAGUGUCCUCGCAAUUAUUAAAGUAAAGGCAUGGACGAAGGCGGGGGAAAAGACGAAUUCGAUCGAUAACAUGUUACCCCGAGGAUUUUGACGACUGACAGACAGGUGAUUUAAAACACGGUACCAUGUGAAUGAUUAAGGACCAUGAAGCCUACACACAAACUACUGUUCAUCCUGUGUCCCAUGCUGGUCUUGGGGUUCAUCUACUACUCAUCUGGGAAGCUCCAUUUGCAUGUAUGGGGCCAGAAGCCACAUAUAAAGUUGGAGCCCACAGUAAACAUCACAAAAAAAGUCACUAUCCAUACUACAAUUUCUAAUGUGAAACAAGAACCGGUGUUGGAGGGUGCUGUCUCCGUGGGACGAAUAGUAGGCCCAGGUACAGCCUCGCUGCAAAGAGUGCACUCAGGUCAAGACGAGAACCUCAGAAGUUACUUUGGGAGGCCUGCAUUUGAUAAGCAAGGAUUCUUGGUGAAUCUGGACACGAAGCUGCCUCCGGAGCUGGUCUACAAAUAUGGAAACCUCAGCGAAGGAUCCUGCAAACCUGGCUAUGCAGCUGCCAAAAUGACUGCUAUCUACCCAAAGUUUAGUAAGCCAGCUUCCAUGUUUCUUGAUCGAAACUUCAAGCGGCUUGCAAAAGUUAACAACUAUUUACCUCCAUUUGGAUUCAAAACACAAGAAAGAUUCAUAGAUGCUAUUUUAACUGCCACAAAGAAUUAUGGGCUGGGUCCAGAGUUGGAUAGUUUGAGUUGUAGAAGAUGUAUAAUAGUAGGUAACGGCGGUAUCCUCAGCAACAAGUCUUUGGGCUCGCACAUCGACGAAUAUGACGUUGUGGUGAGGCUCAAUGAGGCACCAGUGCGUGGUUACACCAGAGAUGUAGGUACGAAGACCACCCUGAGGAUUACCUACCCUGAGGGGGCCAUCCAGAAGCCCGAGCGCUAUGAAAAAGACUCUCUCUUUGUCUUCUCUGCUUUUAAACCUCUGGACUUUAAAUGGCUGAGGCAGAUGGUCUUCAAAGAGAAGCUGCAAGGUACGGAGGGCUUUUGGAAGUCUGUAGCGCAGAAAGUGCCCAGGGAACCCUCGGAGAUACGGAUCCUCAACCCUUACUUCAUACAAGAGGCUGCCUUCCAGUUUAUUGGCCUUCCACUAAACAAUGGCCUCAUGGGUAAAGGGAACAUUCCAACAUUGGGCACCGUCGCCAUAACAAUGGCCCUACAUAAUUGUGAUGAGGUCGCCGUUGCCGGAUUUGGAUAUGACAUGAAUACCCCUCAUGCACCCUUGCACUACUACGAAACAGUCAAAAUGUCUGCUAUAAAAGAGUCAUGGACGCACAACAUCUCAAAAGAAAAGGAGUUUCUCCGCAAGCUGGUUAAAGCCAACGUCAUCACAGACUUGACAAAUGGGGUUUGAAGCUCCCAAGGGGUUCCUCUCCCAGAGGACUAGAUAAUGAAGAGUCCUGGCAAACCCAAGAUGAGGACCAGAGAACACUAAGAGGCAUAUUUCUGAGCGUUGGAGCGAUGCCUCAGUUAAGAUGCACGUGUGCCUUUAACCGACAGGCUUCCUCUAAGCGGAACAUCGAAAGCUUCUUGAAUGUCUCCGUAGACAAUCCUUGUUCUGAUCUGACCCCCUCACGAAUGAUAUUUGGAGGUGACCAUAAAGCCAGUCCUUUAGGAACAAGUCGCAACAUUUACUGAUUGUGCCAAAUGUACCUCUUUAUAGGAGGAGACGGCCCUCUUCUCCUGCCUGAAUGUAUUAGCGUAAUGUAAAUAUCAAAGAUUUUUACAGUGCAUUUUAAUGAACUGCUACGGGCCCUGGGGUUCUGCCUUCACAUGUUUUUCCGUCCGGGCCACUCAGUGCAUAUCCUUCCCCCUGUGUAUAGAGGGGCAGAGGCAGUUGUUUAAUUCAGCUCUUCUCCUGAGCACAGGAGGCUCUUUAUCUCCUGAAUGUGAGGUUAUGUUACUUCUUUUGUUUAGGGAAAGGGGCUACAUCUCAAAGUUAUUUAUUUUGGUACACAGUUGAAGGCAUUUAUUUUUUCAAAGAGUUCACCCUUUGGAAAAUCUGGUGUGGUGAAUAUAUAGACCAAGUUUAACAUAGAUGGCGAGGGUACCUUCUCAAGCGGCCCUCAAAAUCAUCUGACGUUAUGGUACACUGCCAUGCUGAAUCCUGCCUUUGUACUUUCAAGGCAGUAGACUGAGACAAUUAGAAAAUUAGGAGAAAUAUCUUUACCUCUGUUUCAAGUUCUUGUUUUUUUAAUCAAAUGUCACGCUUUUUUCUGUAUAGUUUUGAAAGGUACAAGUCAUUUUAAUGAGUAAUUGUUUCAGUGCAUUAUAGUUUCGUACGCUAUGAGCUUUCAGAGAAAAAGCUGCAACACUGCCCUGACUCCGUCAUAGGCAGGGUACUGGAAACAUGCCGUUCCACUAGCCAUCUCAACAUUUUUUUACUUUUCUUAGGUUCAACAUACACUACACAGAGAUGUUUAGCAGAUAUUUAGCCAUUCAGACUUCAACACAUGAAGUAGUCAUCAUCCUGACUGAUGGAAAUCCAAGAUAAAUAUAUCCAUGAAAGAUGCAUUUGUCCUUGUUCAAUGGUAUAUUUAUACUGCGCAGAAUACAACCAAUCAGCAUUAUUCUGAUGAUCAUUGAAAGUAGAUGAAAAUAAGAAAGAAUUCAUGUUCCUUUUUAUAAAUAUAUAUAUAUAAUAUAAAUAUAUCUUCAAGUUUUAAUAAAAUAAAUGUUCUGGGCAGUUUUGCCCUAAAUAAAAAUUUGAGCUGUG